UCAUUCUCUUUGGGGCUAUAAAGACGUUGUGCCUUCAAGACACAGCAAAUUAACUCCAUUGGCGAAUUAUUGCAUUACAAGGCAUUGCUCCGCUCAUCGGUGCGCGACGUGCCAUUAGCUUCUUUUUUUUUUUUUUUUAUGGUGACAUUUGAUUAAAGUGAGCGGGUUUUUUGGUUGAGAUGAUGGAGUAUAUGGAGGAUAAGUUUGCGUUGAAAAGCCAAGCGAUGAAGGCCAGCGAUUACUACAUGGACCAAGUCAUGGAGAGCCUGGACAGCGCGCAGUACUUCACCAAGUCUUCCCCGAAAUGUGUGCAGGCCUUCGGGCUUCAGAGCGGCGAACAUCGCUCCUCGCCCUGCGGAGACCAAAACGGCAAUUACGGUGUGCCAAAAACAGACGAAGAUACUUUGCACUCGGACCUCGGGAGGUCGAUGGACAAUUGUUGCACUCUGCGGGCGUCUCCGGUGACAACCGGACAGGAGAAAACGGAUUUGGACGACAUGGGAGACAAGUGCGACAGCAACGUGUCCAGCAGCAAGAAGAGGAGACACCGGACGACCUUCACCAGCGCGCAGCUGGAGGAGCUGGAGAAAGUCUUUCAGAAAACUCACUAUCCAGAUGUUUAUGUGAGGGAACAGCUGGCCAUGAGGACAGAAUUAACAGAGGCCAGAGUGCAGGUGUGGUUUCAGAACAGAAGAGCAAAGUGGAGGAAAAGAGAGCGCUACGGGCAGAUCCAACAAGCCAAAACUCACUUUGCGGCGACCUACGAUUUAUCAGUGUUACCGAGGACCGACAGCUACACACAGAUUCCCAACAACCUGUGGCCUAGCCCGUCUCCCGGUGGCUCUAUGGUCUCCUCCUGCAUGCUGCCCCGAGGCUCCCCUCCCUGCGUCACUUCCUACUCGCACUCCCCUCGUUCGGCGGCCGGUGCCACCGACCACGGCUACGUUGGCUUCCCCAAUCAGCAGAACCAGUUUGGCCAUGUCUCCCUCAACAACUUCUUCAGUGCAGACUCCCUCCUCACGCCGGCCACCAAUGGUCACCAUGCCUUUGAGACCAAGCCGGAGUUCGAGAGGCGCUCGUCCAGCAUCGCCGUGCUGCGCAUGAAGGCCAAGGAGCACACAGCCAACAUCUCGUGGGCCAUGUGAUCAGAUCAUCUAUGUGCAUGUCUGGAAAAUCUGGAUAAUGUAUGGAAAUUUUUUUUUUUAGAAUUUCCAGUUUUUACAAAGAGUGGGAAUUGCCCAAAGAGUCUGAAAUCAUAUUCAAAACAAGCUGUUUGUCACUCACAUUACAGAUCCAACAACAUUUUCUGUCAUCUGCAACCUAGGUGUCACUUAUUUGUUGUUGUGAAUGAAAAUCAGCUCUGCAGUGAUAGGGCCAAUUUCACAAUCAUACUGCUCUUUCUUUUAGAUCUGCAUAAUAUGUAACUAUAUAUAUAUAAAUAUAAAAGCUUUAUAUGUAUAUAUGAGGCAAGAAAAUAGGGUCGAAUAAAGUAUGUAAAAUGUGUCAGGAUUUUCUCUCCAUAUUCUAAAAAGUCAAUAAGCUGAAACAAAAUUUAAAAGCCAUAGUGUUGUGUGACAGACAGUCAGCUGUGUGUCUGAUCUGAGGCGGAUCUACAGGAGGCACUAUCAUUAAAAUACCUAGAGAAGUGGUCAAAGACACUUUUCUGAAAGGUGGAGAUGGUCUAGACCUUCGUGGAGCUUAACAAAAGCAAUAAAUUCAUAUCAUUCAGACUUUCAGGGUAACGUGCAGUGCAUUGUUUUACUGUCCAGAAACUGUUGUCCUCUCUGGUCAGACCAGAUGGUUGAUGAACCCUCAUGAUCUUUGGAGGUGAGAGCUGUGAUGUGAAUAAGCUUUCUUUGUUGUUGUUUUUUAAUGGGUGUCAGGAAUUCCUCUGUGUUUACUGAGGUGAAGCAAGAAAAACUCCAGGCUCCAGUGGGAUUCGAUCCCAGUGUGGGUACUUGUGGAUCCAGAGGGAGGGGUCACAAACCACUACAGCAUUUCUAAGCACUGUGAAUAAGCUUUCUUUACUUACGCCCUUUCGUCUUCCUCCCUCGUUCCAGCUCAGGACUGAAGAUGAGCAGCGGAGACAAACUGACUUGACGUACUGAUGUGUCUGUGUGCUUUGCAGCAAAGCUCUAUAAUCUCUGUCGUCUGCCUCUGUUCUGUAUCACAGGUACACGACGCAGGCAGAUUUUAAAAUGUUUUGUGUUGUAAAUUUAUCUGGUGGAAGCAUAAUAAAUGAAUGUCACUUGAUUCAA